AGUUUCUUUUUUUGCGUCGGAGGGGAGGAUACGGGAUGCGAGCCAAGAUGACAGAAGUAAUGGAGCUCUGAGAGAGAAGCGUAACAAUUACUGAACUUCGCGGAAAGAAACGUUUACUUUUAACAGAAAGCGCAGAAGAAACGAAUCCAAAUGGCUGAAAAGGUUUCAGAUCUGGAGAAGGCCAUCAACACCCUGGUCACAGAGUUCCACAAGGCCGGUGGUGAGAACAGCAAAGGUCUGAAUACAGAUCAGUUCAAGAACCUCCUCUCCGCCCAGUUGCCCACCCUGGCUAAGUCCUCAGGAGGUGAGCAGGGUUUAUCUACAAUGCUGCAGACCAUGGGUGUGAAGGACGGUGAGGAAAUCUCCUUCUCCAGCUUCUGGAAACUGAUCCAGACACAGGCGUCCAACCUAUUUGACCAGAUGAGCCCCAAGACCACCAAGUGCACCUGUGUAGUGUUUUGAGGAAUAAGGCCCCCGUGCCCCGAGCCAAAGGCUGAGCAUCAGCCAGUAUUCUGGAAGCACAGAAUGAAAGAAGCCCAUCGAUCUUCAGCCUGCAGCCUUGCCACUAACCCCAGUGAGCAUCUCUGUCAGUUGUAUACUGGUGUAACUUGUAUUCCCUCCCUUUUUUCCAGCCAGCUUCCUCCAUUGUCAGUAACUCAUUCAUCUCACAGUGACCUCCUCUGUCUUCACCAUCCCCAUGUUCUUCCAGAGCUUGCUUGAAAAUAGUCUCAUUCUAUAUCCACACUCAUUAUUCCUACCCAAUGAAAAGUCUGAAUAAUUAACUAACCACCCAAACCCAAGUUCAAUUGUAUCAGACCAUUUUGGAGAAUUUUGAAUUAAAUAACUUGAAACCACCAGGCUUGUUGCGAUCUACUCCUUGUCCAGUUCAGACAUUCUGCUUAAAUCACAAUAAAGUCCAGUUGCUCCCAGGGCACAAUUUUGUGCCAUACUGUAGACCUUUGGCAUUUUCAUGUAUUGUCUUUCCUUCCAAAAUCUAUAGCCAAUAUUAAAAUAAGAACAUGAAAAAAAUGUGAUUGAAAUGAAUAUUGUAUUUUUCAUAUCAGCUCAUAAAAUGAACUAUGUUUAAAUAAGUA